AUGGCCUCUGGGUAUGAUCCAGACUCCAGCGACGAGCCGUUUCCGAAGCAGGCACAUUCUCCCCAACGUAAGCUCUAUGCUUCUCCUCAACAUGAGCUCAUUGAUACCUGCAUAUCCGGAUUUUGCUCUCCAACGCGAUAUUUGUUUCUAUUGUCAGACAACCCUGAAGAGCGGGCUGAAGCUCGGAAAACCAACACACUGUGGCGAUGUGGCGAUCAUAUUCUUCGUCUCCUCUGCCGGCAGAGCGAAGCCAUUCGAAACCAAAGUAGCGACCAUCAGCUUGUCAUCAAACGAUGCGAUGACAUGAUAGAGUUUGCACACGAGAAGUUCUAUAUAUUUCCUUACAAAGACGUCCCUCCUUGCUGGAUGGAACUUUACAGAGAAGCAAGCUUGCUCAAGUUUUCGGCGCUUGCGAUGAGUGGUGUUUGGGCUUCUAAGGACCAUGGCCAAGAUUUCAAGGAUGCUCCACCUCUGUCUGAUAGCCAGAUGGAUGACAUGGUUAGAACGAUGGAUAUGGCUCUCAUUAUGACCGGCCCCGCUCCGUCCAUCACUACUCGAGAAAAUGUUGAAACUGUGAUGGGCCUUCUACAAGAAUGUCACACCCUUUCACUCAACAUGGAAGAAGAUAAUGAGGCGCAACCGGCAGUCAAACGUCAAAAGUUAGAUCACGAUUGGAGAUACCCGCGCUACCGUUUCCCAAUAACGUCCACUGGCGAACCACCCGUGCGCAAACCAGUUCUUGUUGUGCAAGAGCCAUCACUCGAAGCAUUUGAAUCAAAUAUGCAUCACCCAUCACUUCCUACAAUAGGGGCAGUACCGCUCCAUAUCACACAUGCUAUAGACCACUGGCCGGCGCUACGCAACCGGGGAUGGAGUCAUCCAUUUUAUCUGAUGUCGAAAACAAUUGGUGGUCGACGACUUGUUCCAAUCGAGAUUGGGAAAAGCUAUGUUGAUGCAGACUUUGGUCAAAAAAUCAUCACUUUUAAGGAGUUCUUGGAAAAGUAUAUUUUGGAGCCACAGUCCUCUACGGGUGCAGGUUAUCUUGCGCAGCACAAUCUUUUCUCUCAAAUACCUUCACUAAGGGAAGAUAUCAUGAUUCCGGAUUACUGCUUCACCUCUGCCUCUGAACCCCAUUUUACUUCGCCACUUGCUGCGACGUAUUCAAAGGUGCCUCGACUAGAAGAGCCGCUGCUCAAUGCGUGGUUCGGCCCUGCAGGCACAACCACUCCAUUGCACAUGGAUCCGUACCACAACAUUCUGGCACAGGUUGUCGGUAAAAAGUACAUAAGAUUGUAUGCACCGAAAGAAGGCCCGAAGCUGUAUCCAAGAGGGUUGGAGGAUGGGAUUGAUAUGAGAAACACAAGUGAAGUUGAUGUGGGUGUCUUUGCUGGCUUAGACGGGACCCAGUCGGAGGCAGACGCUGCAGCGGAGAAGUUCCCCUUGUUCAGGACGGCGGACUAUGUGGAAUGUAUCUUGAACGAGGGUGAGUGUCUUUAUAUUCCUGUGGGCUGGUGGCAUUAUGUUAGGAGCCUCACCGUCAGCUUCAGCGUGAGCUUUUGGUUCAACUGAGAGAAAUAACCACUGCCUGUCUGGGAGAGCUCAACCCCCAGGUCUACGGAGUAUAAUCCACAGCACUUCGAGCCUUGAAAAGAAACCCUC